AUGUUCAGAACUCUUGCCUUCCUACCUUAUGCUUUUGCGGUCGCUUUGGCCAACCCAUCGCCUUCCUCGGAUUGCUAUGAACCAUUCCCAUAUGGCAGCUUCCCUACCGGUGUACCUCGUCCAACAGGCUUGCCUUCAGGCUCAUUCCCUGGACCGUUCCCUCUCCCUGGACCUUCUUACGGAGCACCCGCACCCUUCCCGACCUUCAACGUCAGCUCUGUAAUUGUCGGUCCCACUGGGACUGGAGUCUCAUCUGUUUUCAUCUCCUCUUCUUCCGACGAGGGUAGAAGUGGAUCGCUGUCAUCGAGCGGCACUGCCUUUGUCCCCUCAUCCUCUGACGAGGGAAGAAACGGUUCUGCCUCCUCCACUUCAUUGGGCUCAACCUCACUCCUGUUCCCAAACACCACAGCCUCUCCUGCAGAAUCAGUCACUACCAUCUACUCUGCUACCACUGCAGUCACCACUGUGGUCACUACGGUCUUCCUGCCUGCACCAGGCCCUGAGUCAUCCUCCAACAUGACGUCUGUUGCUUCAGCCACGUCGGUUUUUAGCGCCAACGUAACCACCAUCUCUUCAUUCGUGACUGGCACCGUCACCUUGAUCACCACUGUGACGCCUCCUGCUUCGUCACCAGACUCACCGGUAACAGCUGUCAACAGCACUCUGCUGCCUGGCACCGCAACCUCAAACUCUGUGGGCACUGGUGGGUUCUCCGUAGGCGGCAACAGAACAUCUUCAGGUGCUUCCUUCACCUUCUCUCCCUACGUCCCAUUCAUUCCUGGUACCGGAGUCUAUGGUGGCUUCACGCCUUCGAGCUCGCCCAACUCGCCCAUCACGGCAUCUGUGUCCAACUCGACUUCAGCUGGCACUACCCACGUUACCAUCCACCUCAACUCCUCGCUCACUCUUACGCUGCUUACCACCCACACCAUCCCAUUGACAACUGGACCUUCUUCCACAUUCUCUGCAUCGUCCUCUUCCGGUGGCCGCAAUGGCACUCUGGUUUCUCCCAUCGGCACCGGAGUCUCGAGCUUACCUCCAGCCUCUUCGCCUGACAGCCCCGCCACUGGCUUGAACUCCACGGCCUCUACUCGUUUCUCUGCUUCAUCUACUGGUGGCAACCGCAGCGGUACCGCCAUUCCCUCCAGAAGUGUACCUUUCUCCACUAGCACCGCAUCCACGCAGUUGUCUUCCUUCCUUACAAGCAUCGUUAGCUCCACUGCUGGAACCUCGGAGGGUGGCGCUAUUACUGGCUCACCCUCUUCUACCCCACCCACCUAUCCUACUGCUCCCUUCUACGGUUCUUGGGGUGAUGGUGGUUAUGGCUAUGGCGGCGGCUAUGGAGGCUUCCGUGGUGAAUACAAGAGAAACGGCAAGGCUUAG